GACCUCACCGCGUGAGCUAGUGCGUCACGAAGACCCCGAGCAGCCCGGCACUUCAUUUACAACUCCUGAAUUAAAACGACGCAACGGGAUUUCUAACACACACACACACACACACACAAAACCUAGUUACUAAGGCACAUAUCUACAGUUUGGAUUUUGAAUAAGCGCCUUUAUAAAUUAUGCGCACUUUUCCGUGACAGCGUUUUGCAUGCCACAGUUUGACAGAACUGACCAUUUUUCUGUGAAGUUUUUGGAGUUGUACAUAACUUGGACGGUUAACUUUCACCAAAGAGGUCGGAAGCAUGAAAUCAGCAGAUGAAGAUGCAUACAGCUACACACCGAACAUCAGCCUAUCCCUUCCACUGAGUAGCCCUUGCCUUCCCACCCAGUACCACAACCUUCAGACCAGUCCCUCCAUCUCUGUCUCUAUAAGCCAACCUUCAUCAUUCUCCCCCAGUGAAGACAUGGGCUCGAUGGGAUACUACCAAUCAUCUGGCCCCAAUGGAGCCCCUGCUCUGGAAAGCCCACGCAUCGAGAUCACAGCUUAUGGUCAGUUCCCUGAAGAUGAGGUGGAAGAGAACAAUGCACCUGUAGCUAAGCGCGUCAACUCUGUAGUGACUUUAACAUUGCCUAGUGGUGAAGGUUACCGUGACCCUAGCUGCCUCAGCCCAGCUAGCAGCGUUUCGUCACGUAGCUGCCACUCGGAGGCUUCAUCAUAUGAGUCAGGCUAUUCGUGCAAUUAUGACAAUUCAUCACAGAACUCCCCAUGGCAGUCACCAUGUGUCUCACCCAAAGGUUCCUCUUCAUUGCUGUCUGGAACCCUGGGCACCUCACCUCGCCAAUCACCUACAGGAUCUCCCCGCACCAGUGUGACUGAUGAAAGCUGGACAGCACCUCGUGGCUCCCGCUCCAACUCCCCUUGUGGUGGGAAACGGAAAUACAGCUUUAACAGCAACGCCUCUCACAAAUAUCAUCCAUAUUCACCUAACCAGUCACCAGGGCUGUCUCCACAAACCUCACCUCGCCUCAGCAUGACUGAAGACGCAUGGCUGCCCAACACCAACCAGUAUACCAAUUCUGCCAUUGUGGCAGCCAUUAAUGCCCUCAGCACUGAUGGAAUGACUGAUAUUGGAGAGGGGAUUCCACUCAAGACCAGGAAAACCAGCAUGGAGCAUAACACUUCUGUGAGCCUCAAGAUUGAGCCUGGAGGUGAGGAGACAGGCUCUGCAGAGCUCUGUCAUGAGGACUACUCCACGUCACGCCUGGCAUUUAAGAAGGAGGGCUACACCAGCUUUCUGGAUGUACCACAUCAUCCAUAUUGGUCUAAACCAAAGCCUUACAUCAGCCCAUCCUUGCCAGCACUUGACUGGCAGCUGCCCUCCAGUUCUGGGCCAUACAGCCUGCAGAUCGAGGUUCAGCCCAAAUCUCACCAUCGUGCUCACUAUGAAACAGAAGGAAGCAGAGGGGCCGUGAAGGCACUUGCCGGAGGACAUCCAGUUGUUCAGCUUCACGGCUACAUGGAGAGCGAGCCUCUGACUCUACAGCUGUUCAUCGGGACGGCAGACGACCGUCUCCUGCGGCCACACGCUUUUUACCAGGUCCACCGCAUCACAGGCAAGACCGUGUCCACACCCAGCCACGAGAUCAUGCAGGCCAACACCAAAGUGCUGGAGAUUCCACUCCUGCCCGAGAGCAACAUGAGGGCCAUAAUCGACUGUGCUGGGAUUCUGAAGCUGCGAAACUCGGACAUCGAGCUGCGGAAAGGCGAGACAGAUAUCGGGAGGAAGAACACACGAGUCAGGAUGGUGUUCCGCGUCCAUAUUAACCAGCCCAAUGGCAGGACCGUGUCCCUGCAGGUUGCAUCCAACCCCAUCGAAUGCUCCCAGCGUUCUGCACAGGAGCUGCCUCUGGUGGACAGACAGAGUUUGGACAGCUGUCCUGCAACAGGGGGAGAGCGUAUGCUUAUCAGUGGUCAUAACUUCCAACCUGACUCCAAGGUGGUGUUUGUGGAGAAAGGACAAGAUGGUCAUCACAUAUGGGAGAUGGAAGCCAAAGUUGAAAAGGACACCUUUAAAACUACAGCUUUGCUUGUGGAGAUUCCAACUUACCGAAACCAAAGAAUAUCCAGCCCUGUUUUGGUGAACUUCUACAUAUGCAAUGGCAAACGGAAGAGGAGCCAAUACCAACGAUUCACCUACCUACCAUGUAAUGUUCCCACCAUAAAGACAGAGCCACAUGAUGACUAUGAGCUCCCUCGCCUGUGUGCACAGCAGCACUCCCCUAGCCUUGCCAAGCCGUAUUACGGUCUGCAAGCUGUGCCUGCCCUGAUGCCUUCAGAAAACAGAGCCUGUGUGACAGCCGCUUAUGGCCCUCAGAGACUCCCAGCAAAACCUUCGUCCCUGUCUUGCUCCUCCUCCUCUCCCAGCACCAGCCCUAAACUGCAGGAUCUCUCACCCACACACUUCUCUCCUCAGUGCCUCUCUCCAGGCUCGAACCCUGGGCUUCAGCCAAGUGCCAUCCCUCACGUCUCGGCAAUCCAGCCCACGCCUGGCCGCUACCAGCAGUCUGUUCUCUACCCAUCAGGCAGUGCGUCCUCUUCUCCUGGCUCCCAUCCAUCUACCCCGAGUUCAGCACCUGAACUCAUCUUCACUCCCAGUCACAGUUUGACCCAGUCUCCGGUCACAGGUGAGGCCACAGAGCUGCCUAAAGUUCCAGUGAGGAGUGGGCCAUCUCCUCUUUUACAGGACGAAGGAGCACCUCCCACGCUGGCCAUCAGCAUCAAACAGGAACCACAAGAACUGGAUCAAAUGUAUCUAGAUGAUGUCAAUGAGAUCAUAAGGAAUGACCUGUCCAGCAUCUCCGUUCAUACCCACGCAUAGCGACAAUGGAACGUGAAUCACACAGAAGAAAUUGACAUUUGAACCUUUCAUACCAGAACAAAAACAUGCCUCCGCUUAGCCUGAUUGCAAUAACAACAUCAGCACUGCAAAGUCGAUUGUAAAGCUCACAAUUGUAAAGCAGUCAGAUCUAAGAGACUGACUGAAAAAGCAGCACAGAAAGUGUAUGGAAUAACAAAAUACUACCAAAACAAUGCGUGUGAACUGAUGGACCAAGCCCUGUGUAUGGUGUUUAUUUUUUUUCCCCUCUACAUUUCCUCUUGUGCACUCGUGUAGCUCUUUAAAUUAUUACCCAAGUGCAAUUUGUUUUCCAUUAUUAUUUUAAUGUCUAAAUGUUUAAUGUAUGCAUAUAUGCCAAUAUGCCUUAAAAUCAAUGGUCAUAUUAUUGUAAUUAGACAGUUGUCUGCUAUGGUAAUGAAUCAUGUCUGAACAGCCAUUCCUUUGCUUACAUUGGAAUUUUGUCCAGCUGUAAUGAAACAUAACUGGAAUUGCAUUUUUUAUACAUUGCAAGAGAAUCAUAUUUAUUGUCUCUACCUGAGCUGGAAUGAAUUGUACACAGGAAAAUAAGUAGCGUGUGUUGUGGUAGUUAAAAUUAUAAAUGAAAUGAGCAGUACAACCUUACAUUUAAAAAAUUUCUAAACCAAAGUGUUUUAUUCAGGUUAGGCCGUGAUCUGUUUCUGAACUGCCUCUGCACUACCUGUAUAUUCUCUGUGCCUCUGUGAGCAUUUUGUGCCUUAUAUGCAUUGAUAUGACCACAGAUUUCCUUUUCUGCUUAGUUGCAUGUCGUCAUUUUUUUGCUGAAAAAUUUUAUAACCGUUUUAUCUAGCUGAUGACAGGAAAAUUGUUUUUUUUGCCACAACUACUUUUGUUUGUUUUCUGAAACUCAAUAUUGUGAUAGUAUCGAUGCCAUUGUUUUGUAGGUUAUUAGCUAAUGUAUGCACUUUACUUUGUACUUCUCCUUAAUGAUAUUUUGAGGAAAAAUUACAACAUAUGAUUUGUUUUCUAUUUUUUUUUUCCUGAUGAACAGUGAAUUUAUGAAAGCAACACUCCAAGAUACUGUUUUUCUUGCCAGCAUCUUGUAUCCCAAUUAACAAUUAUUAGUACAUUUUUUGCAUUAGCAAUAGCAAAAUAUGCACAAUAAAUGCAUUUAACAAAGAUCCUA